CAGCAAUUUAUAAGGCAGGAGCAAGAUUGUUUAAUUAAUGAGCUCCAUCUAUAUAUAAUUGUCUCUUUCCAAUCCAAUCAAACAAAGAUUGAAAAACCUUCCCAACAAAUACUGCCGCCGCGCGCCACCGCAAUCAAAGAUGAACGAUUUGGCUAAUUACGUAAUCGUGGAAGGGGUUCACAUACACAUGCCGAAUCCGGCGGCAGGUAACAUUCAACCGCCGCCGCCGCCGCAACACGACGGUCAACGUCGUUUCCCUGUCUUAUUGACCGUUCGAUCCAUCAACCCAUGGGCUAAUCCUAGAUUUUCUUCUCACGAUAUUUUACGGUACAAAACAGAGCACAAGUUCUUGCUGAGUCAGAACGACUGCGACAUCGCUACCGUAAACAGGAUGGUCGAUCUCAUGAACGUACCUUAUGAUCUGAACGGAAUAAAUCUGUUUUGGAAGCUAGCUGUCGGAACCAUUGUCGGGUCCGAGAGGCCUGUCGCUGACUGGGACGACAUGGUUGUUCUUAUCCGCGAGUUUCUUGAGAAUGCGGCGGACGGUGAUGAUUUUGGCGGCGCACAUCACACGUCACUGCUGAUUUCGAAGUACGAGAAGCUGCCGGAGGAUGAGAUGAAGGCGCUGGCCGAACGGGUGAAACGGGAAGAGGCUACCGGGGAGUGGACGGAGCGGGUUUUCCGGCUGCCGCAGAGGAUGAUGGAGUUCCGGAUGUCGGUGCUUCAGGGGAAGGUUAUCGAGAGGGUCACGGUGGCGGGCGGUGGAGAUGACGGCGGGGCAGAGAGGUGCGGUAUCUGUUUGGUGGAUUUGGGCGUUGGGUCGGUGGUUGCCCGGCUGCCCUGCUCACACUGCUCGCACGAGGGCUGCAUUCUCCGGUGGUUGAUGCAAAAGAAGUCAUGCCCAUUUUGUCGCUUCCAAAUUCAAAUCCCUGCCAUUGAUUCCGGCGAGCAAAGCGUUGCCCACACCAUACCGGCUACAAUUGUCCACGGGGUGGGGUUAAGCAGGAAUCAUAAAUGGAGCCGCCGGUUUUUGAACCGGAACUGGAACCGUAAUUAUCGGAACCGUGUACCAAUUCCGCCGGUUAGGAGCCGGAGGUUUUCUUGUACGGUUUGAAGAUCUCAUGCAUCUUAGUGGAAAGUAUACAUUUUAAUUAAUAAUAAUCACAAACAUUAUAUUUGCAAACUU